GUAUUCAAAUAAAAAAACAAAGCUCGCAAAGACCGGAUGUACGGAAUGAAGCGUGGACGUCGCUCUUUCCACGAAAACUCAGCAAAAUAACCGAAUAGUUAUAAACAAUAAUAAGCCUUACGAUUGCAGCUAAGAGACAAUUUGCUACUAUGUGUCGGCAAAUGAAUUGUUAAACUCUUGAGGCGUGACAGAGAGGCGGAGGGAGAGUAGUUAGCCAAUCACGUUCAUAUUGAUUUCUUCGAGGGGCGUUUCUGUAUAUAGUUACGUUGCAUAUUAGCAGAGCUCUCUGUAAAGUGAAUGGGUGAUUCGAAUGUGCUUCUGAGUGAGAUAUGGCAAAGAAGAAUGGUUAUCUUUUGUUGCUGCUUUUGGGGUUAGCGCAUGUCGCUAUCAUUACCUGCAAUCAAGAGGAGAAAGGCCCAGAAGAACACAGUGAUGAUGAGGAUACCAGCGAGGAUGAAACAGAAGUUAAAGAUGAAAAUGGCGUGUUGGUGCUGACUGAUAAAAAUUUCGACACCUUUAUUACUGAUAAAGACAUAGUACUUCUAGAAUUUUAUGCACCCUGGUGUGGACACUGCAAGCAGUUUGUUCCUGAAUAUGAAAAAAUUGCCAGUGCUCUCAACCAAAAUGACCCUCCAAUUCCAGUUGCAAAAAUUGAUGCCACAGAAGCGACGGAUGUCGCUGGUAGAUAUGACAUUAGUGGGUAUCCUACGAUCAAGAUUCUAAAGAAAGGCCAACCCAUUGAUUAUGAUGGUGCAAGAACACAGGAAGCAAUUGUAACAAAAGUAAAAGAAAUUGCCCAACCUGAUUGGAAGCCACCUCCUGAGGCAACCAUUGUACUGACCAAAGACAACUUUGAUGAAGUAGUUAGCGAUGCAGACAUUAUACUGGUGGAAUUUUAUGCACCUUGGUGUGGACAUUGCAAAAAGCUUGCUCCGGAGUACGAAAAGGCAGCACAAGAGCUAAGUAAGCGUUCCCCACCUAUACCACUGGCAAAGGUCGAUGCUACUGUUGAAAGUAGCUUGGGGAGUAAAUAUGGAGUCACUGGAUUUCCCACACUAAAGAUUUUCCGCAAAGGAAAGGUUUUUGAUUACAAUGGACCAAGAGAAAAAUACGGUAUUGUUGACUAUAUGACUGAGCAGGCUGGUCCACCUUCGAAGCAGAUCCAAGCUGUCAAGCAAGUGCAUGAAUUCUUUAGAGAUGGAGAUGAUGUUGGUAUUCUUGGUGUUUUUAGUGACGAGAAAGACCGGGCUUACCAUCUUUACCAAGAUGCAGCAAACAAUUUGAGAGAAGACUAUAAGUUUUACCACACAUUCAGCUCAGAAAUUUUUAACUUUCUAAAAGUUUCACCUGGUCAGCUAGUAGUCAUGCAGCCUGAAAAAUUUCAAUCAAAAUAUGAGGCAAAGAAGUACAUUCUCAGUUUCAAAGACUCUACCACUGCUGCUGAUAUUAAGCAACACAUUAGCGAACAUUCCUUACCUUUGGUUGGACAUAGAAAGAACUCAAAUGAAGCCAAAAGAUAUUCGAAGCGCCCCAUUGUCGUUGUCUACUACAGUGUGGAUUUCGGUUUUGAUUAUCGUACUGCUACCCAGUAUUGGCGAAGUAAAAUCUUGGAGGUGGCAAAAGAUUUUUCUGAGUAUACGUUUGCUAUUGCCAAUGAAGAUGAUUAUGCGACUGAACUGAAAGAUUUGGGUUUAAGUGACAGUGGAGAAGAAGUUAAUGUUGCCAUUUUUGAUGCCAGUGGCAAGAAGUAUGCCAAAGAACCUGAAGAAUUCGAUUCUGAUGGACUUAGAGAAUUUGUAAUGGCAUUUAAGAAAGGAAAGUUGACACCUAUAAUAAAGUCACAACCUGUGCCAAAGAAUAACAAGGGCCCUGUUAAAGUUGUAGUUGGGAAAACUUUUGACCAGAUUGUAAUGGAUCCAAAGUCUGAUGUUCUCAUAGAGUUCUAUGCUCCUUGGUGUGGACACUGUAAGUCAUUGGAGCCUAUUUACAAUGACCUGGGUAAAAAAUACAGAUCAGCAGAAGGCCUUAUUAUUGCAAAAAUGGAUGCCACUGCCAAUGACAUUACCAGUGACAAGUACAAAGCAGAAGGAUUCCCUACAAUAUAUUUUGCACCGCGGAAUAAUAAACAAAACCCAAUUAAAUUUUCAGGAGGUAACAGAGAUUUGGAAAGUUUAAGCAAGUUUAUUGAAGAGCAUUCAGUUAACCUAAAGAAAAAGGAUGAACUUUGAGGAUGAUUGAAACGUCUGUUUUUUUUUUUUUUGUCCUUUUACAAGUUGAAGUGGAAGUUCUUCUUACCAUUGGUAAUCUGAGUCAGUCUGCAAUUGCAAUUCUUUUUGAAAUAUUCAUGUUAAAAAAAUAUAUGUAUAGCCUUUCUAAAGGCUCCCUUCUUUUUCUUUGUUCCAACUGAAUAGGUGCAUUCAUUUUACUUAAAGGGGUUGUUCACCUUUAAAUUAACUUUUAGUAUAAUAUAGAGAGUGCUUUUCUGUGACAACUUGCAAUUGGUCUUCAUUUUUUAUUAUUUGCAAUAUUUGAAUUAUUUAGCUUUUUGUUCAGUAGCUCUCCAGUUUGAAAUUUCAGAAGCUAUCCGGUUGCUAGGUUCAGUUUAACCUAGCAACCAGGCAGUGGUUUGAAAGGGAGACAGGACAAUGAAUAGAGGAGGGCCUACAUAAAAAGACAAGAAAUAAAGAGUAACAAUAAAACUGUAACUUUAUAGGGCAAUAGUUGUUUUACUGCUGGGGUCAGUGACCCCUAAUUGAAAGAUGAAAAGAAUCUGAAGAGAAAGUUAAAUAAUUCAAAAACUAUAAAAAACAAAAAUGAAGACAAAUUAAAAAGGUGCCAAGACUAUGUAAUUCUGCAACAUACCAAAAGUUAACCUGAAGGUGAACCACUUGUUUAACUUUAGAAUAAUAAUAAAAAAGACUGAAUGCAGAAUCUUAGAAUACCGUUAUGCACUUCAUACUUCAGUUACUGUCAAGGUAAACUUCACUUUAGAGAUUAUAUUACUAGGUUCAACAUUCUGACAAUCUGUAUACGUAAAAAAGCACUUUAUAAGUGGGUGAGCCAACAUUUUACACUGUUGAAUUUUUCUGUAAAGUAACUGACUUGUUUCCUAAAAAAUACAUUUUUGUGAAAUUGUGGACUUUAUUUCUUUCAACUGGCCAUACACUGUCAGUAGCAGAAUAUUUUGUUAAAAUCAAUAAAGGAAAAAAGUCUUACAUAUA